AUGGCUGAAUCUACCGAACAUGUUGAGUACAACCUGCUGGAGUCACCAUUCGUCAGCACUACGACAAUCAGCUCCCUCAACUCGAUCCAAUUCGAAAUGGACAUCGAUGAGUACGCAACGGACCCGGAAGAGGAAAAAGAAGAGGAUAUCGUGGAGCAGCAGGUCAAAAUGCACGGAUUUCCGCUCGAGUUCAGGAAUACUGGGGACGAGUCACCAGGUAAAUCGGUUUCUCGAGCUAGUACUGCUUCCAUUGGCGGUGAGCAUCCUGAACACUCUUGCGAAACCAUUGCCAGAGCAGUUGUUGCUCUGUUUCUCGUCAUUCUGAUUUUCAUUGCCUGCUCAUGGUGGACUGAGUGA